AGUAUUAAGGGUAGGGGUUGGAGCCAUACAUACAUUUGAUUAUUCAAAUGCACAAACAAUCACGCAAUUGCAUUUUCUGUAAAACAUUCAAAUCCUCUAAUAAAAAAGCAACCUCCUUUUGAUCGAUAAUGAGGUGUUUGACGCAUGCAAUCGUGCAUUCGUGAUGGUGGCUGUUGCAUUGUUUGUAGGGUUUGUUGUUGGGGCAUUGGUGGUUGUUGUUGUUGAAGUUGUUGCUGUCUUGUUUCUUAUUUGGAAAUUGGGGGAAAAAGAAGAGGUUAGGGUUGUCAAUUCUCUAAAAGAUGAUGAUCAACUCCAAUUUCCCUUUCCUAAUAAACAGGGAUGGAUUUGGAUUUUAGAAAAAGAAAAGAUCCCAAAGACUUCACAAUCCACCGAUAAAACUUUACGCCAACAAAAACGUAAAAUUGAGGCCUUUGACGUUACACCUGUGAAGAAGCAUGCAACCAUCAAGGAUAAAUCACUCAUGAUCACAGAACCAGAUGGGACCCUCACAAAAGUUUAUCUAUCAGGCUGUAUUGUAGAAGCCGUUUCUGCUGCAAAUCUAGCCUCCAGAAAAUGGGCCAAAAAAUAUCCUGUGAAAGUGGAGAACAAAUCAUCAGAUAUAUAUCAUGGAAGCAAGUUAUUCUACUUGUAUUUCGAGACAUCAUGUGAAAAAGAAUCGUGGUGUAAAGUUCUACGUCUUGCUUCUUGUGAAGAUAAAGAGAAACUUAUAUGGUUUUACAAAUCACGCGCAGAAUUUCAUAACUAUCUGGCAUCAUUAAAUGUAGAAUAUCCUUCAUUUUUAAAACCAUCUACAGGUAUUAAUCCAGAAAUAGGGGAUAGAUCGGUUAAAGUAGAUGGUUCAUCUUCAAAAGUUCGCCAUUUUUUGAAAAAACUUACAAAAAAAACUUCUAAAACUGCCAAAGAAGAUAAAAAGAGCAGUGAAAAUUCGGUCGGCGGGUCUUCGAAGCUUACUCAAACGGAAAAAAAAUCUAAUGAAGGUGUUGAAGAGAAGAUUAUCCAAGCGAUGAUACCAAAAUCGGUUCCGUCUGGAAGCAGAAAUUUAGGGUCCCAAAAUUCGGAUACGGAUUCUAAUGAUAAAAUGUGUAGGGACGACGGAACUUUAUGCUGCAAUUUGUUGAUAUCGCGGUUGUUUUUUGAUGCGAAAAGCAGUGUGGAUUUGAGGAAUUUGAUGCAAGCACAUAUUCAGAGAAUGUUAUCCAUCGCAAGGACUCCGAGUUUCGUAGGCGAAAUAAUUUGCACAGACGUAAAUCCAGGGGUUAUUCCACCAUAUAUUCAUGGUAUGAGGGUUGUACCAUCAGAUCUGAAAGAAGUGGUUGCAAUGGAACUCGAUAUCGAAUAUUACGGUGGGGCCGUGUUAGAUAUUGAAACAAGGAUUGAAAUGCAGGAGCUUGAAAAUUCAGAUUCCAAAUCUGUUGAUGAUGUCACCACUGAUCUUCUAGAAGGUUUUGAGCAUUAUGAAGAACAGAUUAAGCUUAAUGAACAAACUAAUCAAGCCGUGGAGCUUAAGGAUGAUGAAAGACACAAAUUGGAGGAGACCAAAAGUUUUAAGGGCAAUGAACAAACAGCAUCUACUUCUACUCUACCAAAGUGGAAAUCUGUAAUAAAUUCUGUCGCAAAACAAGUCUCUCAGGUGCCGCUUUCACUGGCAAUUAGGGUAACAACUCUUAGAGGAACGCUUAAAGUAUACAUAAAACCUCCACCUUCUGAUCAAAUCUGGUUCGGUUUCACAUCAAUGCCGGAUAUAGAUUUUAGUUUGGAAUCUGCCGUCGGUGAUCACAAGAUAACCAGUGGACAUAUUGCAUUGUUCAUAAUCAAUAAAUUUAAGGGAGCCAUUCGUGAAACCAUGGUUCUCCCCAACUGCGAAAGUGCAACAGUUCAUUUCAUGUUAGCCGAAAAGAAUGAUUGGAUCCCACAACAAUCUGCACCAUUUAUCUGGGCCAACCCGGAACUCAACCCCGAGCCCCCCACAGAACCAACAAUCUCACACGAGGUCCCCUGUCCCCAACCUCCUGACGAAAUUCAUCCACAAGACGUCAGUAGUACAACAGAAACCACACACAAUCAAACAUCAUCAGAUGAUGAUGAAAAACCGACUGAAAAUGAUGAGAAAACGCCGUUGUUAGAAAGCACGGAACAAAAUGCGGCAGUAGUGGAAGAAAACGUUGGGUUUCCGAGUUCGCAACCUCCGUCACCGCCUCAGGCGGCGGUGGCGGAAGAGAAUAAGGAGACGGCGGAUGAGAAUAAGUUGAAGAGAUCGGGAACGAGGGCGAAGAUGUUAGGGUUUCGGAAGAAAAUGGGGGAGAAACUCGAAGAAAAGAGACGGAAUAUUGAAGAGAAAGGGAGACAUAUGGUUGAGAAGAUGCGGGGACCGGGAUGAGGGAUCCGAUUUGUAUGUUUUCGGAUUCGGGUUGUAGUUUGUAAUAUGUAUUUUCUUGGUCGUUGAUUCGAAUCUUGAUUCUACGAUCUAUAAUACGUACAUUUUUGUCGAUUU